GAGUGAAUGAGUAAAGCUGUGUGUGUGUGUGUUUUCUUUCUGCCAUAUAUAGGGGCAAACUUGCUUGCAGACACGGUUGUCUGGUUUAUAGUCAGUGUAGUCUUCAAAUCUCUUUUCUUUCAAUCUCUCGUCUAUGUGAAGUCCUAAAGACCCUCAGGACUAUAUAGAGCUCUACGUUCUUGGCCUACUUUUGGAAGCUCAUUUGACCGAUCAUUUACCCCUGGUACUUUUGAAGCUCUGCCGAGUUGCUGACAAGCAUGGAAGAAGCGAAUCAUUUCCAUGAUGAUGGCUCCUUUAUGUUCACUUCUGAGUCUGUGGGAGAAGGGCAUCCAGAUAAAAUUUGUGACCAAAUCAGUGAUGCGGUCCUUGAUGCCCACCUGAAGCAGGAUCCAGAUGCUAAGGUGGCCUGUGAGACAGUUUGUAAGACUGGCAUGGUGCUUCUGUGCGGUGAAAUUACAUCUCGAGCCAACGUGGACUACCAGAAGGUUGUACGUGAUACUAUUAAUCACAUUGGUUACGACAACUCCGAAAAAGGAUUUGACUACAAAACCUGUAAUGUGCUGGUGGCUUUGGAGCAGCAGUCUCCUGAUAUAGCACAGGGUGUCCACAUAGACAGACAUGAGGAAGACAUUGGAGCCGGAGACCAGGGACUCAUGUUUGGUUACGCAACAGAUGAAACAGAGGAGUGUAUGCCACUCACCAUUGUCCUCGCCCACAAACUCAAUGCCAAAAUGGCAGAGCUGCGGAGGGACGGCACGGUUCCGUGGCUCCGCCCAGACUCUAAAACUCAGGUUACUGUGCACUACAAGCAGGAGAAUGGGGCUGUGAUUCCUUUACGUGUUCACACGGUUGUCAUCUCUGUUCAACACGAUGACUACAUUUCAUUGGAGGAGCAGCAACGCAUUCUGAAGGAGAAGGUCAUCAAGUCUGUGGUGCCAGCCAAAUAUCUGGACGAGGAGACCAUCUACCAUCUGCAGCCAAGUGGUCGCUUUGUCAUUGGAGGACCUCAGGGAGAUGCUGGUGUUACAGGUAGGAAAAUCAUUGUGGACACAUACGGUGGAUGGGGAGCUCAUGGUGGUGGAGCUUUCUCUGGUAAGGACUACACCAAAGUGGAUCGCUCUGCUGCCUAUGCUGCACGCUGGGUGGCUAAAUCCCUGGUGAAGGCCAAGCUGUGCAGAAGAGUUUUGGUGCAGGUGUCUUACGCCAUUGGAGUUGCUCACCCUCUCUCAAUCUCCCUCUUCACUUAUGGCUCAUCGAUUAAAACAGAAAAAGAGUUGCUACAGAUUGUCAACAAGAACUUUGACCUCCGACCAGGCGUCAUUGUUAGGGACCUUAAUCUGAAGAGGCCGAUUUACCAGAGUACAGCCUGCUAUGGUCAUUUUGGGCGAUCAGAUUUUCCCUGGGAGAUGGCCAAGAAUCUCAAAUUUUAAAGUGACAGCUUCAUCCCCAAGUCAUUUCUUUGCCUCUGCCUCUAAAACUUUGUUUAAUAAUAAGUUCUCUCUUUUCUUUUAACGCUCCUUGUUUUUUUUUUUUGCUGCUCCUCUCCUGUAUGCUACAUUUUAGAUUAGACCAGUGGUUCUCAAACCCCCCUUAAGGGUGUGUGAGAUAGUGACAGGGGGGCCCUAAAUUAAUGACAUAUAAAAAACACUAAUACAUCAUAAAUUCUGUGCAAUUAAACGUCAGAAAAAUAAGGCUACUAACCUAUAGCAUUACAUUGUAUCAUUCAAAUUCUAAGUUUGAAAUGAAAUGAAAAGUUUAAGAACCACUGGACUAGAAAAAGAUACUGUGAAUGCAAAACUGAGAUUUGCAAGUCUGUCAAGUCUGUAAGGGAUGCCUUAUAAUUUUGUCUAUUUUUCUGAAUAGCUAAAAACGCUAAUAGGCAUCAACACCAAUUACAUAUCUCAGAUUAAUAUUCAAAGACGUUAUAAAUAAGAUAUUUCUAGGUUAAACAUUGUGGCUCUGUGGUGCUAUUGAAACGUUGCUUUGUUUAAACGUUGCAUUUUCUUUCCUUUUAAUCAAAACUGACAGCUUUUAUCUGUUGUUUUUUCUUGUAGCCAUGUACAGAUCAUUUAGCAUAUGUUGUAAAAAACACAGGCAUAUUAUAUUGUGGACCAUUGCAAGCUUUAGGUUUACACACGUUGUGCUUUAAAGAAGCAUAUUCCUUGCAUCGUGUACUUAAGUCUUAAAAGGGUCUAAUGUGAGUGCCUUUUUCUUACAGCAAAAAUACAUUCGCUUUUUAUUCAUCUCUUUAAUAUUGGAUCUUAACAUGAGAAUAAAUAAUGUCUUUUGUUUACAUGUACAGAUCAUCAGUGCUGGUCUUACACAGUAUUUGCCCAUUGGAGAGUGAGCAUGUAUGUGUGUAUGUGUAUGUAUUCUUAACAAAGCAAGCCCAGUUAUUUUGCAUACUUGAUAUAGUAUGUGUGUGUGGUAGCUAUGUGAUCUCAUUUUAGAUGUUUUUGUUGUGUUCUUAGGGGCAUUAAUUCUUAAAAAAAAAAAAACAUUAUUCUUACUCUUUCAGAUUUUCAACUGUUCUUAGAAUUUUAAGAUUUAACAUGUAAAUAAUUGUGAAUAAUUAAAGUGUGAAAAUUUA